AUGCAUCAGGAAAAACGACAAUUUCGUCUGUCAGAUGAUUAUCAGUCAGUUGAAGCCCCAAACACAUCAUCCACGCACCCCCGCCACAACUUCUCCGUCACCAUUUCAAACCCCACAUAUCGUGCUGCCAAGCCAUCGAUCGCUAUUUACCAAGAUGCACGAAUACAAGCUUGUGUCAAGCGUAAAUGGAGCUCUUGUUACAAUAAAUUUCUAUUCGUCAUUUCCUGCAUGAAGAUUGGGGUUGAUUUGCACUGUGAUUGGCGAGAUGAUAAAAAGCCGCCAACUCUGCCGGGCCGUGCCUGCAUAAUAGGUUAA